GUGGUUGACGGGAGCUGGCUGGGCUGAGGGCCGCGGGGCCGGCGCCCGCCGCGAGCCAUGGGGCUGCCGGCCGCGUAGGGGCCAUGCCGCCCGGGCCCCGGGCCUGCCCCGCUUCGCGCCGGGAUGGUGAACCUGGCGGCCAUGGUGUGGCGGCGGCUCCUGCGGAAGAGGUGGGUGCUCGCCCUGGUCUUCGGGCUCUCGCUCGUCUACUUCCUCACCAGCACCUUCAAGCAGGAGGAGAGGGCAGUGAGAGAUCGGAAUCUCCUCCAGGUUCAAGACCACGAUCAGCCCAUCCCAUGGAAAGUGCAGUUUAACUUGGGCAACAGCAGUCGGCCCAGCAACCAGUGCCGGAACUCCAUUCAAGGGAAGCACCUCAUCACGGAUGAACUUGGUUACGUUUGUGAGAGGAAAGAUUUGCUGGUAAAUGGCUGCUGUAACGUCAACGUCCCUGGCACAAAGCAGUACUGCUGUGAUGGCUGCUUGUCCAAUGGCUGCUGCAGCGCCUAUGAGUACUGUGUCUCCUGCUGCCUGCAGCCCAACAAGCAACUUCUCCUGGAGCGCUUCCUCAACCGGGCAGCUGUGGCAUUCCAGAACCUCUUCAUGGCAGUCGAAGAUCACUUUGAAUUGUGUUUGGCUAAAUGCAGGACCUCAUCCCAGAGCCACUUGAUCCAGCAGCUGAGAUUAAGUCAAGCUGGUCCAACAGGAAUUUAUGCAAAUGUCCAGGCGAUGCCAAAACAAACAGACAGUUAUUGCCCUUGCUGCUCCCCGCCAUCAGCCAAAGGUGCGACUCUUGUUUUCUGACUGGUCUGAGCCAGUUGGACCAACUCUCCCCUGCUUUGUACCAGGCGCUCUGCUAGGUGUUGUGGAUGCAAACAGGACCAAGAUGAGGUCUCUGCUGUCUUAGAAUCUCCUGGUGUUUCUCUCUCUCUCUUCUUUUUUUUUCUUCCUCUGACAUCCUUCCUCUCACUUCUCCCAAACCCUUACCGCCAUUGUCCAUCGCCUUCGCGCAAGCCCAAUCUCAGGCUUCAGCCUCCCAAACAAGAGAGGCAGGGUGCUAAUCUCAUGGCCCCCUCCACUGAUGGGGCCAGGCCCAGCCGUGUUGCCCGACGGUGCUGGAGCCGCCGGCCCGGAACAGCUGAUGCAUAUGGACAGACGGGAUCCAAAAGGCCCUUGCCCCUGCUGGCCUCCGCCCAGAACUGCUGAUCAGCCAGAUAUGUCUGACUGCACAGGAGCAGUUCUGAGAGGCCUCAGCCCUGCGGGCAGUCAGGAAAGGCUGAUGCGGGUGGACACAU